GUUCCCCGUGCGGCUGCAUCGCCCGCCGGCCGCACUGCCGCCUCUGCUGCACGCGGCACGCCUGCCCCGCCGCCGCCCUCCCCCUGUUCCCCUCUCCCCUCCUACUGGUUGCUCCGCCUCCACGUGACCGCGUCGUUCCGCCUCGGCCUAGACAGUGGUCUCCCCCUCCGGCCAGUCCCCGCCUCCGCCUCCACCGGCGGGCUCCUGCCGCCGCCGACCUCGUGUAACGCUUGGUCGAGAUCGAUGCUCGCCGACUCACGCAGCGACGCAGGCGCAACUGCUGCCUGCUCUCGCAGCUCGCCUACUCGUGGCUCCUGGGGCCCCGAGCGUGUGUUUGAUGAAUUGACUAAGGCGCUGAAAGAUCCUGCAGAUUUUGUAGAUUUUGAUCUGCCAUCUGCGUUGAAAGAAUGGAAGCUAGGCUACUAUAUACCAAUUAAGCGGAAUGUUUAUCUUACUAAGAAGCGGGUUGAGGAUGAUGGCAUUUUUUGUUCUUGCUCCCUUUCUUCUGGAUCAUCAGUUACUUGUGGAAAAGAUUGCCAAUGCGGGAUGCUGUUCUCUUGUUGUUCAUCAAACUGUAAAUGUGAGAACAACUGUGCCAAUAAAUCAUUCCAGCUCCGACCUUUGUUCAAAACAAAAUUGAUUAAGACAGAGAAAUGUGGCUUUGGAUUGAUAGCCGAGGAUGAAAUAAAGAAAGGAGAAUUUGUUAUAGAAUAUGUAGGAGAAGUUAUUGAUGACAGAACUUGCGAGGAAAGACUAUGGAAAAUGAAGAGACAACGUUACACUAACUUCUAUCUUUGUGAGGUCAGUAGCAAUAUGGUCAUUGAUGCAACAAACAAGGGGAACAAGUCCAGAUUCAUCAAUCAUAGUUGUGAACCAAACACAGAGAUGCAAAAAUGGACCGUAGAUGGAGAGACCCGAGUUGGAAUUUUUGCUCUUCGUGACAUAGAGAGAGGGGAGGAGCUGACCUAUGACUAUAAAUUUGUCCAGUUUGGAGCAGACCAAGAUUGUCAUUGUGGAUCUUCAAACUGCAGAAAAAUGGUUGGCACGUCUAAGUCGGUCAACUCAUUUGUUCUCCACAAUGGUAACUCAGCGAGCUCACAAGAUCAGCAUGACAUGAAGAAAAGAAAGACAACCUCAGAUAGUUGUAUUGGGGAGAUCAUCCGUUUAUGGAAUCGACGGGACAAAAUGUAUGUCCCAGCAGUUGUACAUGACUAUGAUGAGUACACUGGAAUGCAUACCUUACUGCUUGAUGAAGAAACUACUGAAAAUUUUGAUAUGAGAGAGGAAGAUUGGGACUUCCUACCGCGCCCAGAAGAUCCAGAAGAAGACUGAAUAUUGAAGGCUACAAUGAUGACUAACUACUUAUAACAUAGUGCUAUUUUCAUGUUUAGACCCUUCUGUACAAUUGGCUGUUGUUAAUUUUUUUCAUCCUGUUAAUUUUCUUUUCCGUUUCAGUUAUUUUAACAUGUUGUAUAAGCACACUGAGAAUAUAUAUCCAUACAUUGCAAUUGGAUAUUGUUUUACUUC